GGCUUUGACCAGAAAACCAGACUCACCUCCUCCGACACCAUGAGCCACCUCAGCAAGUAUUAUGGAGGCCUGCGCUAUAGCUAUGGAGGCUUCAAUGGCCUAAGACAUGGCUAUGGAGGCUUUGGUGGCCUGGGCUUUGGCCAAGGCUGUGGGUGCGGCAGCUUCCACAGACUGGGCUAUGGCAGUGGCUACGGAGGUUACGGGUUUGGUUCUGGCUUUGGAAACUUUGGAUUUGGCUUCCGCCACCCAGUGUACUAUGGAGGACACGGAUUCUCCAGAUUCUAUUGAAAUCUACUCUGGAAAACCAAUAUGUGAAGCCAAAAGAAGAUGAUUCAACCUAACUAUAAUAAUUAAAUGAAUUACACUUACCUAGACCCAGAAGAGAUGAAAAAGUUCUACAAUCUAAUCUGAAUAUUUAUCAAUUUAAAAUUUAUAUCAUAGAAUUCCCUGUUCCUGUCUAUAUUUUCUUAAAUGUAGCAUUUCUUCAGCUUUCCUUACAAUAAAUUAUCAUAAAU